CGGCUCGUUUUUUUAAGGGAUCACAUCUCCCACAAAGGUCUGAUCGAAAUUUCGUUCCAAAGUUCACUAACAUGCACCCUCUUGCGCUCUAGAUCCAAAAACGCCUGACGGCCACACGCGGUGUAGCGCGGUAGGCUCGCUAUCAGAUAGCCAGUUCUUGCCAGUUUAGAACGUAACAUGUGUUUUUGAAAGUUACAAAAUGUACACCCCAUUGUUUGCCCACCGUCAUCCCGUACACAGAUCGAUCGCAACAGCCCCCCAACACAGGUUCGGGCAACGAUGGGGACGGCACAGUACGCGCUAUCAUUUGGCAAUGUGCGGAAGCAACGUUCUUAUCGCGUGGCUGGUCGCGCUGGUCGCGCUGGCAGUUUCGCCCGCGGUAGGCCAAUUCACCGGCUGCGAUCGGCAGAAGACACUUGCUGCCGGUGAGGUGUUCUACGUGGAAUCGCCGAGCUUUCCCAACUACUAUGCGCGCGGUACCAACUGCCGCUGGCAGCUGGCGGCACCGGCCGGCAACACGAUCUACGUGAACUGCUACGACAUGUAUCUGGCUGCGUCAACCGGAUGUACCGCGGAUCGUGUGGAGAUAUCGCUGCAGAAUGAUCCUACGCUCGCGUACGCCACCAAGUACUGCGGACAGCGUACCUUUACGCUACAAUCUACCGGCAAUCGGGCGGUGUUUGCUUUGCGUACGACCACGACCACAUCUGGAGGACGGUUCCGGUGCCAGGUGGUAGCGCAGGCUCCCAAAUGUAGCUGCGGGUUGCGCCGUACGUCUAAAAUUGUGAACGGUGUGCCGACGCUUGUGAACGAGUUUCCCAUGAUGGCCGGACUGGUCGAUUCCUCUUCACGGAGCGUCUUUUGCGGUGCUACAAUUAUUUCCGACUAUCACUCGAUAACGGCCGCCCAUUGCAUGCGGGGACGCAGUCUAUCCGCUUCCGGGCUGCUGGUCGGCGAUCACAACCUAAGCGUCGGUACGGACACGAGCUACUCGGUGCUGAUGCGCCUCGCCUCCAUCACGAACCAUCCACAGUACGUCGUCAGCCCGUCGCGCAACGAUAUCGCGCUCGUGCGUACGGCCGACCGGAUCGCUUUCAAUGCCGCCGUCGGACCGGCCUGUCUGCCGUUCCGCUACUCCACCUCCAACUUCGCCGGCUCGAUCGUGGAAGCGACCGGCUGGGGUACGAUGGACUUUGGUGCACCGACCUCGAACGUGCUGCGCAAGGUGUCGCUCAAUGUGAUCUCGGAACAGUCCUGCCAGUCAUCGAUGCCCAACAUUCUCGCCUCACACAUCUGCACGUACACGCCAGGGAAGGAUACGUGCCAGUACGAUUCCGGCGGUCCGCUGUUGUUCACCACCGGUGGACGCGUCUAUCUGGUCGGCGUCGUCAACUACGGUGUAUCGUGCGCUUCCAGCAAACCGUCCGUCAGCAGCCGCAUCACUUCCUAUCUGUCGUGGAUUCAAAGCGUUACACCGGGCGUUACCUACUGCACACCGUAACGGCCUGAUCGUUAAAUAAAGCGUUAUUCUUUACUUUGCAAAUGAA